GUCAAGGAGUUCACUGAGGUACUUCUUCAAAUCCUUGACUAUCCUGAUAAACAAACUUUCUUUGCCUUUAUGGAUGGGUUGCAGCAGUGGGCUAGACUUGAGAUUCAAACACGUGGGGCUCAAGACUUAACCACCGCCAUUUUCAUUGCUGAAUCCCUUAUCGAGUUCAAGGAGCCUGAGAAACCAAAGCCAAAAGAUAAGGGCGGCAAAGGAAAGAGUGGGGGAGACCACCAUCGAGGAAAAGAAACGACUGAGAAGACGAAGAGAACCAUUGAGUGCAAGGCCGGAGAUAGACUUCCACUAAAAUGCUUCUUUUAUGAGAGGCCACAUUGGGCAAGGGAAUGCCAAAAGAAGGCAAAACAGUCGCCAUUGGUUGAGGAAAGGGAGGAGCAAGAACAUGCUUCGUGGUCUCCCCGUAGAUUUGCAGGCCCAGACGUCUUUUCUUCAAUUUCAGUACCCGCUGCCCACUUUUCUCCAAGCCCGUUCCGCCCUUAUCUUAUUGGACCGGCAACGCUCUCCCAUGGCCGAAGCAGGCGCACGGCUCUCCUUGCCGAAUGGACCGGUGGUAACGGCGGCAGUCGGCAAUCCUCUAGCCGCGGCAGUGGUGGCUCCCAGCACAGCGGAAGUGGCAGCGGCGGCUUCCAUGGCGGCGGGCUCCAGCACAGCGGCAGCUAUGGUGAGGGCGGCUCCUUCGGACAGCGCAACGGCUAUGGACGCGGCGGCGGGCAAGGCAACAGCUCUCGGGGUAGAGGUCGUGGACGACAAAGCAGCUCGAGGCAACGGACCUAUCCUGACGGCCCUAACGCCUGGAACUCACCUUACCCAAAUCAAAACCCGGGCUUAUUGGGCCCACGACCCAUGUCUACCCCCCUCCCUUAUCAUUCUCAAGUAGGGGUGAGCAUGGUACGGUAUGGUACGCAUCUCAUCCAGCGGCUAAAGGCCGAAUUUGCUAUGACACACAAGGGAGACCUACACUUUUUCCUCGGCAUCAAUGUACACAGGACGACCAGUGGCCUCGAGCGGGCCGGGAUGGUCUCUUGCCGCCCCAUCUCCACCCCAGUGGACACAAAGACAAAGCUCUCCUCCUCGUCAGGCACACUACUCCCUCAUCCUACUCUUUAUCGAUCCCUCGUUGGAGCAUUACAGUACCUUACAUUUACUUGUCCUGACAUCACAUAUGUCAUCCAGCAGCUUUGUCUACACCUUCAUGCCCCCCGUGAUGCUCAUCUCACAGCCAUGAAGUGUGUCCUGCGCUAUCUCAGUGGCACCCCCACCCAUGGCAUCCACCUGGCGUGCUCCUCCACCGACUCUCUGCAGGCAUACUCCGACGCAGAUUGGUCCGGAUGCACAGACACCCGCCGUUCCACCUCUGGAUACUGUGUCUUUCUCGGUGACAACCUAUUCUCCUUGUCCUCCAAGCAUCAAGCUACCACCUCCCGUUCCAGUGCAGAAGCUGAGUAUCGCGCUGCGGCCAACGCCGUUCCAGAGACGAGCUGGAUCCGGAAUCUACUACUUGAGCUGCAGCAACCCCUUCAGCGUGCCACCCUUGUCUUUUGCGACAACGUUAGUGCUGUGUAUCUCUCGACAAAUCCUGUACAGCACCAGCGCACCAAACACGUGGAAGUUGAUAUCCACUUCGUCCGUGACAAAGUAGCACUGGGUCAUGUGCGAGUUCUCCACGUCCCCUCGUCUUCGCAGUAUGCUGAUAUCUUCACUAAGGGACUGCCAUCUUUAUUAUUUUUGGACUUCAGACAAAGCUUGGGAAUCAGACCUCCUCCACAUCCGACGUAGCCGGGAGCAUGUUAAAUAUAUUGUAUAUAUUUAAUAUAUUGUAUUAUUCCCUUAUCUUAUUUGUAUAGGUUUCCUUCCUUGUGUCUCUCCUACCUUGUUUAGGAUUGAGACUCCUCUUAUAUAUAUACAUAUAAUCACAACUUAUUCAAUCAAUGAAAAUCAUUAUUCUUCAAUUAAUUUUAUAUCAUAAUUAAAUAUAUAUUUUUCAUAAUUUGUAGUCCAAAUUUGUAAAAUAUGACUAAAAAUCAAAAAAAGAAAGGUUAUUUACGGUG